AUGUCUCUCCCACCAGUUCUUUUCACUUCAUCAUUGAUCCCAGCCACUGAUGCAUCACCAUCUUCAAAAGCAAGAGGCAAACAGAUCCGGGUUGAAAAAAUUGACCAGAUAAGCAAAUUCCAUGACGAUGUGUUGCUCAAGAUCCUCUCAAAUCUGUGCACAGAAGACGCGAUCAAGACAAGUGUGUUGUCUCAGCGAUGGAAGAACGUUUGGAAGCGAGUGCCUUGUCUCAUCUUUGAUAUGAAAAAAGCUCCCUUUUUCAGGAAACGUGCUCAACAUGAGCUUACUGCUGAAGUGAUAACCAAGGUUAUACAAGAUCACAAUGGCUAUCUCGAGUGUUGCAAAAUUCAGCAUUUCCUAGACCAGUGUGAAGACGGUACCCUCGAAACUUGGAUCCAAUCACUAACACAAGUGAAACACACAAAACGUCUCGCACUUAUAAACAUUCAUCGUGGUAACCGUAUGAGAGGCACACCCAGUGUGCUCCAACUGUCCCCAAACAUAUUCUCCCAUCCAUCUCUCAUAUGCCUCUUCUUAUUUGGAUACUAUUUAGAAUCUGCACAUGCCUUCAACAAUUGUCAUAAUCUCACGACUCUUAAACUUGAUAAAAUUUGCGUUGAGGUUGGUGUGUUCAACACAGUCAUUUCAUCAUGUCCUUCCCUCAAGGUGUUGCUACUAGACAUCACAUGGUACAGCCAAAAAGGUUCUUUAAGGAUUCAUCACAAAAAUCUAAAGCUAUUGGGUCUCACUUGCACUCACAUUGAUGGCGUUGAUGUGUCCACACCUCUUUUGGAUAUCUUGGCCAUUCAGUGUAAUUCUGUUACCAAAAGUAACUUUCUUCUCGGAGCCCCUAGGUUACUUGGGUUUAAGAAAUCCUAUUCGCUUCUAGUAGAAAGUGCUAGACCUCACAUCUACUACAAUGUUUCAUCUGAUGCUCAGGAGAUCAAAAACGUUUUGCAUGAACUCGUGGUGAGCGGAAAUACUUCCUUUAGGACAUUUGAGUUUAAAACUUUGGCCGUGAAUGUGGAUUUGAUGAAUCCUCAAGAAGUUUAUAUGCUAAAAGAAGUUUGUGAUGUGUGGAGUACAAAAAUGCAAAACCUGGAGAUCUUCUUUAAGCAUAACAACAUUCAAAAAGAAAAAGGUGAAUCUUCUGUUGGCCGAUCACAAGAAAAGAAGUCAAAAGAGAGGAAUUUCUUUAUCAUCAGUGCUGGUUUUGGCGUGAGAACUGUGUGGAUGUAUAACUUGAGUGAUUUCAAUAAGGAAGAAUUUGCCUUAGCUUCUCUUUUGGUGACACAAAGAACGGUCACAUGUAAGUUAAUGAUCGAGACGUCGUCGAUUCCUGCAAACAAGAAGUUGAAGAUAGAAGCGGAAGUGGCCAAAUUAAUGGAACUUCCAAAAGGUAACAAAGAGCUUAUUAUCAAAUGCUUUUGA